AUGUGGAUAAGACCCGAAGUUCAUCCAUGUCAAAGAAGUCGUAAUGACAUUCCUAAACAUGAAAAAUCAGAUUAUGUAGAUCUAUUAAACAUGGUUCAACGACACACUCGUUGUAGUACAAGUUAUUGUCUUAGAAAGAAGUCAAAUGAAACAGAGUUGAAAUGUAGAUUUCAUUUCCCUUUUGACAUUUGUCCCAAGACAAAAUUAGAAUUUGAAAAAGUUCACACUCCAGGUGAUAAUGUGCAUUAUCGAGCUAAGAUUGUGACUAAACGAAAUGACUCUAGGUUAAAUAACCAUCAACAACUUCAGCUGCAAGAAUGGAGAGCUAACUGUGAUAUUCAAGUUGUUAUUGAUCACUAUCCUUGUGUUGAAUAUCUCACAAAAUAUGCUGCUAAAGGUGAGCCAAGGUCACCUCAAUCAAUCAAUCAAUCAAUCAAUCAAUCAAUCAAUCAAUCAAUCAAAAACUUUAUUUAAACACGAUGAAAUCUACAGUAUAACAUUUUACAAGAUAAUUAACUAACAUAUAUUAAUUACAAUUACGCUAUGACAAUUAAUAUACACUUAUCUAACGUUCGAUCAGGCUCUAUUUUACAAAUGAUAGCCUGACACAAUCCUUAAUCCGAUCGCAUUCCACCCACAGCAAAGUUUAUAUUUAGUAUCCAAUCAAAAUGUCGCAGGAGAAAUUUAAAUUUCACACAACAAUCUAAUUAUAGUUGUGAUCACUACAAAUAUAUCAACGACAACAUAUAAUGUAAUUAGCACCAACCAAUCAAAUGACAGAUUAAAAAAUCUUUUGUCUCAUAAACCAAUCAGAUUUACAACCGAAAUGCGGUUGUAAAAACAUGAACUUUUGUUAAGAUUUGUAUCAGGCCUAUUUAUUUAUUUAUUUAUUUAUUUAUAGGCCUGAUCGCAGGUUAA